CGCGGCAGGGGGCGUGGCCUGUUGCCAUGGCGCCGGGGUCCGUCCCGCCGCAUGGACGCGGCCGCCGCCGCCCCGGCGGAGUCCCCGGUGCCGGCGGACACCAUCCAGCGCUGGCUGCGGGCGGAGGGCGCCGACCCCGCCGCCCCGCCCGAGGAGCAGCUGGGUCUGGCCUGGCGGCUUCUGCGGCGAGCGGAGACCCGGCUGGGCGAGCUGGAGCGGCGGCGGGCCCAGGACAUGAGAGACGUGGAAAGCUACGUGGGCCAUGUCCGUACCCUGACGGAGGAGCGGGAUGCCAUUGCCUCUGAGUAUGAGAAGGAGAAUGAGCAGCUCAGGUUGGAGCUGGCCCAGCUACAGCUGCAGCAGGAAACCCAGCUGAAGGAGGUGGAGGAGAUGCUGGAGCAGGAAGGUUUAUCCCAGAUCUCCUGCAGUGCUGCCAGUGAGCAGGUGGCGUAUUUCCUGGUGGAGCGGGCGGCGCUGCUGGGAAAGCUGGAAGUGGCAGCCCGGCAGCUGGAAUCCCACAGCAGGAUUGAUGGGCUCCAGUUCUGCAGGGAAGAGCUGGAGGGGGAACGAGCUUUGCCUGCAGGAGUUGUGGGAGAUGUGGAUGAGGCCCCACAGAGGCUGGUGGUAUCCCAGGAAGAUAUCCAGAGGCUGGCAGAAGGGCUGGAUACACAAAGCAGAGAGAAGAGUGGAGCAGACAGGACUGAGCUCCAGAGGGCCAUGGAGCACAACAAGCAGCUGGACAAGGAGAUCCUGGCGCUGCGGGCACGGGUCCAGACGCUCGACCUGGAGAGGAAAGCGUUCCUGGAGCUGGUGGAGCAGCUCAAGGAGGAGAUCUGUGAGUACCAGCGGAGCGAGAGGCCAGAGCCUGCAGCGGCAGAGGGAGUUGGAAUGGCCUCACUGCAGGCACAGGGCACCCAGGAAGAAGCAGGACCUGAUGGAGGUGCCCCAUAUCAGGAACAUGGAGAUCAAGGAGUUGAAACUCUCCACAAAAGGUGCCGGGAAGCCAUGGAGAGCAUUGAGGGCAGGAAUUCCCAGCUCCUUCACAAGCUGCAAAAACUGGAGCAGGAGCGCAAGGGUUUGGUUGAGCGCAAUGAGGAGCUGGAAUCAAUUCUGGGAGAGACACAGAUCCAAACCAAGCAAGAGAAGCAACAGCUGGAGAGCGAGGUGGAGGGACUGCACCAGAAAAUCACCAGUUUGGAAACAGAGUUGUUUGAGGUGCAGAAGAACAAAAGUGAGAUGAAUGGGAACGAGCAGGUGACAUCUGGAGCUCAGGAGAUGCAGGAGAUGUUGGAAAGCUGUCAGGAAACGAUAGACAAGUUGGGAAGUCAGCUUGGAGAGAGGAGAGAACGGAGAAAGCAACUGGCAUCUGAGCUGGAGCUGCUGCGGGAAGAUUUGAAGGCUGAGAAGGUGGUUCUGGGCAGCCAGGGUUUGCCUGACUCCCACUCAGAGCUCACAAGCCACAUAAACACCUUCCCAAGUCUCCAGAGAACACCAGCCAGCAGGGAUCUUGUGGAUGUAUCCCAUGAGAAGCUACACAAAGACAGUGCUUUGCUAGACCCAGAGACCUCUGAAGUCCUGCAAGACAGAGAACAGAGUCCCAAAGUGGAGCAGAAACAGGAAGAUCCCUGUGCAGAUGCAAAGACCUAUGAGGAACAGAUGGCUAAAGUAGUGUUUUUGGAAGAACAGAUCAAAAACCUGAGGAAAGAACAAGAACUGCUCUGCUCUGAAUUACUAGAGAGCAACAAGAAGAAGGAGGAGCUGGAAAAGCAGCUCAAAGAGAGCAGUGAAGAGAAACGGAUGUUGCUUGAAGAAAUUGCCCAGCUCAAAUGUGACAUCCGGAGUGCCUGGGAGCAGGGCCCCAGUGGAGACACGAGGAGGAUGACCCCAGGCUUGGAGCAGAGGGAGAACAGAUUUCUCCCAUGGCAGAGCUCGGCAGGCAGUUUAGAGGGGAGCCUUAAACAGGGUCUGUCUGAGGAGAGGUUCCAGCAGCAGGAGGAGAAGCUGCAGCAGCUGCGCCAAGACCUGCGGCGGGUGCAGAACUUGUGCAGCUCCGCUGAGAGGGAGCUCAGGUAUGAGAGGGAGAAGAACGCCGACCUCCAGAGGCAAAAUCUGCUGCUCCAGCAGGAAUGCACCAAGGUCAAAACUGAGCUGAAGCAGGCCCGGGCCAAACUCUUGGACACCACAGAAACAUGUUCCUCCCUCUCAGCACAGUGGGACAGGAGCCAGCAGAAGGUCAAGGAGCUGGAACUGGAGCUCUCCAAGUGCUCCCAGGCUGACAAGCUCCAGAGCAGCCUCCAGGAGAGGCUGGCCCAGGAGAAAUCCAGAGCAGGAGAAGCACAAAAGAAGGUUUCAAAACUCCAGCAAAAGCUGAAGGAUUCCCAGCACCAGCUGCUGCUGGCAGAGGCUCGUGUUUCUGAUAAGAAGCUUCUGGAGGAGGAGCUGAAGGAAGCUCGGGAAAAUGAAGCUCGAGUGCAGCAGGAACUUCACGAGGAGCAGCUGAAAAGGAGGCUCCUGGAGCAGCAGGUGGAGGAGCUCCGGCAGCAGCUCCGGCAUUCCCGGGAGACUGAGGCGUCGCUGGCCAAGAUGCACGUGGAGCUCCAGGCCAAGACCCUGCAUGUCCUGGAGGAUGAGAAGAAGCUGGAUGCUGGUGAGCAUGUGCAGUGCCAGAAGGAGAAUCAGAAGCUCUCAGAGCAGCUGGCACUGCUGAAGGAGGAGAACAAAGCCCUGUAUGAGGAAGGUGUCCGACUCUUGAACCAGAAGGAUCUCUAUGUCAGGAAAUACAACGAGAUGCAGCUCCGGCACAAGGACAGGAUUCGCAGGGCCAAGGAGACCUUCAUCCAUGAGGUGAAACAGAGGGACAGCAGGAUCAAACAGCUGGAAAAUGAGCUCAGCGAGUCGAAACUCCAGGUGGAAAAGGGGAAGAUGCUGAUUGCCCAGAUCACUGCUGAGAAUGAGAAAUUACUCCAGGAGAGGCGACGGCUCCUCCAAAAAAUAUCAGACCAAGAGGAGUCCCCUUGGAGCCUCCGGUCUGGGAUUCCCUCCCUGCAGAGCAGAGGGAAGAUCCUGGAGGAGGAGAAUGCCCGGCUGCAGGACAAGCUCCAGCUCUCCAGCCACGUGGCCUCCUCCCAGCGCCUUGCCAGGAGCAGCCCCACUCCCAACACUGAGGACUCGAAGAUCAUUCCUGGCUCUGAACGCCAACCACAGAGUAAGGUGUUGCCACCUCCUCGUGCCAGCUUCCCACCCCGAGAUCUCCCCGAGCCCCUCGGCGCCCUGAAGGCCCCGCAGAGCACAAAGCCUGAGGGAGAGGCUGAGAGCCAGGAUUCUUCCUUCUGCCUGUCCCCCUGGCAGCCGUCGGAGCUGGGGUACCUGAACGUGGCCUCUCCCGGGGAGAGCGCGGCCCCCGCGGCCGCGGCCCCGCAGGACGGGAGCCGCGGGCUCGGCUGCGACGGCUUCUGA